AAAACAAAAAAACCUCCACAAUGACAACGUUCUACCACAGCCAGGCCUUACACGCUUCAGCCAAUAGCUGAAGACGAGAGAAAAUAUUUGACAACAGUGGAUUCUCCAUCACGCCCUUAUCAGCAAACGGAAGAGGAUGACUGUAGUUAAGUCCAACAGUCGUUCAGGUAGAGCGUCUCACAUACACACACACCUCUGAGGAUAAAACUCCACCGUCACAUUCAUAAACUGCAGGUACUUGCAUCUUCCUCCAAGAUGGAAAAUGAACCAAUUACUGUUGAAUAUGUUCCAGGGAACGAGUCUAUGUGGUGGGGAACUCUUGGGACCAUGCGCCCGUUUCUGCCAUUCGAUCCGAAUCUGGACGCACAUCAGAUUUACACCGCGCUGGAUAAGAAAAACGCUGACGUGAUGACCCUGAUAAAGAUCCUUACUAACAGGACCAAUGCCCAAAGACAGAGCAUCGCUUCGGCCUUCCGAAACCACACGCAGAAGGAUCUGAGUACCGCUCUGAAGAAAGCCCUGUCAGGUGCUGUGCAGGACCUGCUGCUGGCCCUCAUGAUGACUCCAGCUCGCUUUGAUGCUCAUCGCCUUCAACAGUCCAUGGAGGGUCUCGGCACAGACGAGGAAGCGCUUCUGGAAGUAUUGUGCACCAGAUCACCAGACCAACUCCGAGAUAUCACUAUAGCGUACCAUGAAGCGUACAGCCAUUUUCUGGAGAACGACCUGAUCAGUGAGACGAGUAAAGAAUUUACCAAUCUGGUGCUGGCCAUAUUGAAGAAGGAGACGAGCACACCUGGCAAGAUUAAUUAUGAACUCAUUGAUCAAGACGUCAAGCAACUCAGAGACGCUGUCAUUGGAAAGAAACCUAACCCUGAACCCUGGAUUCAGAUCCUCACAUCACGCAAUUCUGACCAUCUCAACAGAGUGCUUUCUAGGCUUGAGAAUCAGAAAGGCGAGGCAGUGGAUAAAACCAUCCAGAACAAUUUCUCCGGAGACUUCAGACUUGGUCUGCGGAUUUUGGUUCAAACGAUCCAAAACACACCACUCUUCUUGGCCCAGCGCUUACACACCUGCAUGAAGAAAAACGCUGUGGUUCGUGGCAUCAUGGUGGGUCGGAGUGAAGAGGAUCUCCUGUGGGUGAGGGUCGAGUUCCGCAAACUGACCAAUCUCUCCCUCUACUCCACCAUCCAGAAAGAAUUCAAAGGGGAGCUGCAGCUGGCUCUCCUGGGUCUGUGUCGAUCGGAGGAUGCGUAGAGGAACGAGCAUGGAAGUGACGCAAAGAAUGAGGGAGGCAUCUCGUAUCAGUCAUUAAAUACACUUUUGCUGGCGUGUGUUACAGCUAUUCUUGGUUUUAAACCUUGAUAAAGAGAAAUUUCACUGUGGCAAAUUGUACAAAUCUAUUACAUUUGUUAUUAUUAUUAUAAAAAAUGCAUGUAAGGAGACGUUUAUUUAAUAUUUACCAGAGAAGGAGUCUCCAGUGUCAGAGUGUGUUUCUCUGUACCAUGACAAGCUAUCAUUUUUUUUUUUUUGGUUUAUUCACUUCAAGAGAGAGACAAAAAAAGACAGCGUAUAAGCUAGUACGUCUAACAUAAGUGAUAACAGGUAAUAAUUUGCUUCAUGGAUGUUCUACACCUUUAAACUGUCACGAUUGAUGGAUAUUAAAAAAGUGAUGUGCCAUUUGUUAAUAAAUAAUAAAUUGUAAUCGGAAAAUUGUUGUGGUGUAAUAAGAGAAAUAAAACAUUCUGGGACA